UAGUCGACGUGUAGGUCCCUUAAAGCACUUAGGUAUCACUCCUUCACCUUAUAAAAGGCUGCCCUUGAUCACCUUCAUCACAGCAAACCAUAUCUAGUGUAGCUUGCAACAACUGUUCGAGUCUUACAUUGAUAUCUUCAAAGCAACUCGAAUUUGUAGGAAUACCAACUUAGUUCAUUGAAAUGGGAACUAUCGGAGAUUAUGAGUGCCCACAGCGGGUGCCGAUUCCUCCUUCGAAACCAUUUCUAAAGUCUUUACAAACAAAUCUCAAGGAGACUUUCUUCCCUGAUGACCCUUUUAGGCAGUUCAAGAAUCAGCCUACUUCCAGGAAGUUUUUGUUAGGAUUACAAUACUUUGUACCAAUCCUGGAAUGGGCUCCUCGUUACACUUUCGACUUCUUCAAGGCUGACUUGAUUGCCGGUAUCACCAUUGCCAGUCUUGCAGUUCCUCAAGGGAUAAGCUAUGCAAGUUUGGCCAGCAUACCACCAAUUAUUGGACUUUAUUCAAGCUUUGUUCCGCCGCUGAUAUAUGCCAUGUUGGGGAGCUCCAAAGAUUUGGCAGUAGGGACAGUAGCUGUGGCAUCACUUCUAAUAUCUUCAAUGCUUGGGAAGGAGGUUAGCCCUACUGAGAACCCCAAGCAAUAUGUUCAGUUAGUCUUCACGGCUACUUUCUUUGCCGGUGUGUUCCAAGCUUCCCUUGGCAUCUUAAGACUUGGGUUUAUCGUGGAUUUCCUGUCACAUGCAACCAUAGUGGGAUUUAUGGGUGGAGCAGCCACAAUUGUGUGUUUGCAGCAAUUGAAAGGGAUGCUUGGUUUAGUCCAUUUCACUCAUGAGACUGAUCUUCUAUCCGUCAUGCGCUCAGUUUUCGGCCAAAUUCACCAGUGGAGAUGGGAGAGUGCUGUCCUGGGCUGUUGUUUCCUUUUCUUUCUUCUCCUCACAAGAUACUUAAGCAAGAGAAAGGCAACCUUCUUUUGGAUUAACGCCAUGGCACCGCUCACCUCAGUUAUUUUGGGAAGCAUUCUCGUUUAUCUGACGCAUGCAGAAAAACAUGGCGUUCAAGUGAUUGGGCACUUGAAGAAAGGGUUGAAUCCACCGUCUGCGUCAGAGCUGGCGUUUGGAUCGCCCCAUUUGAUGGCAGCUAUGAAAACAGGAAUCAUCAUUGGCGUCAUUGGCCUUGCUGAAGGAAUUGCAGUCGGAAGAACCUUUGCCAUGUUCAAGAACUAUCAUAUUGAUGGGAACAAAGAGAUGAUAGCCUUUGGGAUGAUGAACAUUGCUGGCUCUUGCACUUCUUGCUACUUGACUGCAGGACCAUUUUCAAGAACUGCAGUGAACUUCAAUGCCGGAAGCAAAAGUGCAGUUUCGAACAUUGUCAUGGCAACAGCAGUGAUGUUCACUUUGUUAUUCCUAACACCAUUGUUCCAUUACACUCCUCUUGUGGUGCUUUCCUCUAUAAUUAUAUCUGCCAUGCUUGGCCUGCUUGACUAUGAAGCUGCUAUCCACCUUUGGAAAAUUGACAAAUUCGACUUCUUCAUCUGCUUGGGCGCUUAUCUCGGCGUUGUCCUUGGCAGUGUUGAAAUUGGUCUAGUCAUUGCGAUCACUGUUUCCCUGCUAAGGAUUCUUCUAUUCGUGGCGAGGCCUCGAACAUUUGUUCUAGGCAAUAUUCCAAACUCUGGUAUCUAUAGAAGUAUGGAUCAAUACCCAAUUGCAAACAAGGUUCCAGGGAUUCUCAUACUUCAGAUAGAUGCACCUGUUUACUUUGCAAAUGCAAGCUAUCUUAGAGAAAGGAUCUCGAGAUGGAUUUAUGAAGAGGAAGAUAGGGUAAAAUCUGCGGGAGAAACAAGCUUACACUAUGUUGUAUUGGAUUUGAGUGCCGUAGGUAGCAUUGACACGAGUGGGACCAGCAUGCUCGAAGAAGUCAAGAAGAGUGUUGAUAAAAGAGGUCUUAAGCUUGUAUUAGCUAAUCCACGAAGUGAGGUGAUGAAGAAGCUAGACAAGUCCAAACUCAUUGAUACAAUCGGUCAAGAAUGGAUCUACCUGACAGUAGGAGAGGCUGUUGCAGCAUGUAAUUUCAUGCUACACACAGGGAAGUCGAAUCCUGUUCCAAUUGACUACAAUGCACAAGAGAACAACGUGUAAUUUAUAAUCAAUUAGACGAAUGAAUUUCUUGAUGCUAAGGUACAGAGCUUUAAGGCUACGAUUCACCUUUUUUGGUUGCUGAAAGAAGAAGAAAUUUUGCAGGAAGUGCUUAUAUGUAUAAGCUUUGUACUAUUAUAGCUGAAAUAUGACAUGUAAUUCUCACCAAAAACAAAGAUCUACUCGGAUCCUUAUCUCCUUAAAUAAUGUUUACUAGUGAAAUCAAAGCAUCCAAGCAUCAAAGCAACAAACAUUUUUUUUUAUUGACAUUUAUCUUUA